AUGUCUCAAAUUCAAAGUCCCGGAUUUGCGGAACUUGAAAAAGAGCUGGUAUGCUCGAUCUGUACCGAGCUCCUUUAUCAGCCCCUCACUCUUCUCGACUGCCUCCACACCUUCUGUGGCUCAUGCGUGAAAGAAUGGUUCUCUGCGCAAGGGGCGCGUCGCCACCGCACCUCACCUCGUUUCACCUGCCCGUCCUGUCGCGCUGAAGUGCGCGACACCCGCCCAAAUGCAACAGUGACGACACUGCUGGAUAUGGUCUUGGGUGCGCACCCGGACCGUGCCAGAGCGGCAGACGAAAAGGCGGAAAUUGCCACUAGGUACACACAGGGCGAGUCGGUGUUCCCAACACUUCCUUCGGGCGGGGAGAGCGGGGAGGAUGAUGGCGAGGACGACAGACACCUCCUGGAGGAGGUACGCGAGCUUAGUCUACGUGAAAGCCGGGCGCAAGCUAGGCGUGAGGCCCGCCGGACGGGGCAAUCUUCGCGGACCCGCGAGAGGAGCUCUAAUACCGAGAGACCUGCAGAGGAGGGCCGGUCAAGGCGUCGGAGGGAUGAUGAUACGACGCGGCAGCAACGUACAUUACGGCCCGAUGAUUCGGAGCGCACGCGGCGGAUUGAGCAUCAAUCUAGUCUGCGGUCCUUACUGAGUUUGUCCUCUGAUGCGGAGACUAUGGAAGAAGAGAUCUUGCGGCAAAUUCUCGAGGACGGAUUACUGGAUAAUAUCAAUCUUGAUAAUCUUGGGCCGAGGCAAGAAGAAGAACUCAGUGAACGCAUUGCGGAUGCCUACCGUCGGAGACAUAUGCAAAGAUCCCAGUCGCGUCAGCGGCAAGAACAGGGACGAGAGCAGCGACAAGAGCCCAACGGAUCUGCGCGAACACAUGCGAGGUCCGAGUCCGUCCAUAGGACUGCGGAACCAACGGCGACUACCCGAGAACACAAUGUCAGACGACCGCCAAUUUCCAGACCGCAUCUGUUCGAUUCGGCCCCCACACGGCCGAGCGCAGGACAUCGAAGGCGCAACUCGGAACAAGUGGGUGGGCGCCGAAGGAGCUCACCCGUCCGAGCAAAUCAGGCGUCUGCGUCAGAUGAAGCCAUAAGGCCUGCUGUUCGAUCUGCGAGUGAUCUGACUACUGGGCGCUUACGAUCAGAAUCAUCAUCAGCCAGACCGCGACGUGCCACAGAGUCAGAGCAUAAUCUCUUUAGUCCGUCGAUGGCCGGAGAACGAGAACGAAGCUCUUCUAGACAGGCCAGGGGUCACUCAGCCACGAACUCGCCCACUGGCGCUGUGUCCUCAAAUACAUCCCGCCAUUCACCUCACACGGAUCUCAACCUUCCGUCAUUAUCUUCGCCCCUUGUUCCAGGCCGGUCGGACAGACGAUCAAGACCAUCUUCGUCCCGAUCCAAUGUUCCUGCAUCUCCCACUGUACAAUUCCCCGAGCCGUCUAUCUCCUGCGACCGUUGCGGAAAGGACAACAUCCAAUAUACUCUGCAUAAGAAAUGCACAAGUUGCAAAGAAGGAAACUUCCACCUGUGUCUACGAUGCUACCGCUCGGGACGUGGCUGUCUUCGAUGGAGCGGAUUUGCCGCAUCCGCACAUACGACCUUUCAAAGAAUCAUAUCGUCAUCUACUCGACGCCCUUUACAAAUCAAUGACACCGGUCAUCUCUUAAUGUGGUUCAAAUACCAGCGACCCUCCGAGACUGCCCAUCAAACUGUGAGCGGAGAAAGACAGAUGACCAGCGAUAACCCAGCCCGCCGGCUCCAGAGCGGUCUCUUCUGUGAUACGUGUCAAUCAUCUGCAAACGAUUGUUUCUGGGAAUGCAGCCAGUGCAACGAGGGAGACUGGGGUUUCUGUAACUCCUGCGUCAACCAAGGACGAUGCUGCACCCACGCCCUGUUACCCAUCCGGCGCAUUACCCAUGGUCCACCUCCUUCAUCAUCGUCCACCACACCGCCGCCAGCUGAAUCAAAUACCCCAUCCGAGAUCGAGAGUUUCAAAAUCCUCUCAUUCUCAACAAACUGCGAUAUCUGCACAUACCCAAUUCCAGCUUCAAAUACCCGCUACCAUUGCCUGGAAUGCAAUGGCGGUGACUACGACGUCUGUACAAACUGUUACCUCAAACUCGUGGCAACGGGCAAGAUCAACAAAGAGAACGGCCACAACGGCUGGCGCCGCUGCCUCGCCAGCCACCGUAUGAUAGUAGUCGGCUUCGAAGACCACGAAGAAGGCCAGCGCCGCGUCGUUGUCCGCGAUCUUGUCGGUGGCCGCGCCCUGAAAGACGAGCACGUAGCACAAUCACAAUUACAAUCACAAACUUCCUCCCCCGUAACUGGCGGCGCCGUUACAUCCCCAGAACUCGGAACCGGUGACUGGAGCUGGAAGGAUGGCCCCGAGCGCCGUAAGAAAGCAUCCCGUCUGCGUGGCGGACCUGCCCUCACGAACGAUACCAGCAGAAGCACUGUCUCUGCUUCUGAUCCCUCAAACCCUGCCCUUUCCGGUGCCAGCGGCACUCCGGUUCAGGGUAUCCCGCCCUUCCGCCGGUUCCCACCUGACGGCGGGGUCGGGCUCGUGGUCCAUGCUCUGUGGUCCUGGUACCCGGAAGAAGACGUCGAAGACGAGCUUGUUUUCCCGCGCGGCGCGCAUAUCACCGAGUCGGAGAAUAUCAAUGACGACUGGUUCUGGGGAUGUUAUGCUGGUCGAACGGGACUGUUUCCUGGUUCGCAUGUUGAAUUCGUCAGGGAGGUUCAUAGGUAA